AACAUACGCAUGCACACACACACACACACGCACGCAAACACAUUCACACAAACAUGUAAAUGCACAGCUACACAUAAACACACACUCAAAUAAAUACACACAUGUUUGUACAUGCGGCUGUAAGUCAUUGGUCUUUAUGAGCUUUGGAGUGAAGUGACUUGAUGAAAUCGGAAUGACUCAAACCGUGUUGUUUCAUAGAAUAUAAUAUGGAAUUGUGUUCUCUAUGCUUACAGUGUUUUUCCUUCAAAACAAAGCCUUGGUUGAAGACGAUUUGCUAACUAGAGUAUAAGAUACCUAAAAAGGUAUCUUGUUUUAUUAUGUUAAUGUGUCUGUAUUUUUAUACAGUGUCAAUCAUUUUUUUCUGUCUUUGCUUUGCCACCAAAACAUUUGGGGAUUGACCUUCUAUUUGGUAAUGCAAACAUUGUCAAAGAAAUUCAUGAACAUCUAUUACAUAGAGAUAUGAAGUAUAGUCGUUUUUGUGAAAUUAUUCAGAAAAUGUAUCAAUUAAUAUUUAUUGUUAUAAGAAUGUAAUAUAACCAAGUUAGUUAAUGUUUCUUCGAAAGAAACCACAAACGGCCAUAUUUCUUUAAGUAAGUAAGGCGCCCACCACACUGAAUGUAAUAACAUUAAUUUAUUAAGAGUGUAUUUUCAAUAUAUUUAUGAACACCUGAUGGCUCCUUUCUGAAAGAGAAUGCCACUGUGUCUUUAUGUUGCCAUUUUCCAUCUGAAGACCUUUCAGGCCAUUUGUGUAAGGCACUUACUAGAAGCCUGUACAAACGCUUUCACUACCAGAUCUCUUAAGCUCUGUACAUAUAAUGAUGUGAAGAGCCAAACAAAUCAAAAUCAUUUCAGAGAUUUGCGGCUUGUAUAAAACCUGUACAAUAUUUUGAGGCCUCCUCGAGAGAGGAUUUUUUAGACCUUAGGAAGGGCAUUGUGCAAUGUUUUGCUCUGUAUGAUGUUGAAUGUGCAAUAUACAAAUGUUUGAAAGCUGUCUGUGCUGAGGAAAUGUUUUCUUAUGCAGUGUAACUCAGAUAAUCUAUCAUUGUAUAGUACUGAAAUCAUUGACAUUAAGUACACUUUGUUAUCAAGGAGUAAAUAUCAACAUGCCAAGACCUUUUAAUCUAGCCAAAUAUUGUCAUAUCGUCAUUUGAUAAUUUAGUCUCAUUGAAAUAAGUAACAUUAGUCUUUUAACUCAGUGUGACAAAUGCUGUAAGCUAAAUAACUUCUAUACGUUAGAAGAUUCUGAAUACUUUAGGAGAACACUUUGAGCACUUAUUUUUCACAAACUUUAAAUGCUGUACAAUCAGUUGAAAGCAACAAUAAAAUACAGAGAAAGAAAAAAGUAUGGCAAAUGUCCUACAGUACAUUACAUGGAUCGCUUCUGCCUCUGACCCCUAAUUGUUAAGAACACUUUAUAUGACCAGGCUCAUUCAAUCUGGCCCCCUAAUCGUCCUCCUGUAUAAUUGGCUGACACAUUAAUUCCCUCACUCUCCACCUCAAGCUGGUGUGUGGUGAGCGCUCUGGCGCAGGUUGGCUGCCGUGCGUCACCCAAGUGGGUGCUACACACUGUUGGUGGUGUGUGAGGUCCCCCCUUCACUGUAAAGCGUAUCUUUGAGUGUCUAGAAAAGCGCUAUAUAAUUCAAUCCGUUAUCAUUAUUAUUAUUAUUACUUUGAUAAUUAUCACAAUAAUACAACUUCAUUGUCUUAUAAUUAACUCCAUAAAGAUUAAGGAUGUAUUUUGUAUUGGGGUAAAGCUGACAACAUAUAACAACAUGCAAUGGGCAAUGAAUUAAACUUGUUGUCUACCUAACUCUUUGGUGUUGAUUGUUUGUUUGUAUUUUGAAAAAAAUCCGGAGCUUGUCAACCCUGGACUUUUCUGCUGGCUUUACUUUUCACGCAUUCAUCAACAAUCAACAACAUUUAGUAAGUAAAAACAAAAUGUGGAUGAAUGCACACAGAACAGACAGAUCUCUAUAUGGGUAUGUUAUUCAGUACACAACGUCAAUGCAUUGUUUUAGUCAGGCUCAUGAAAGGGCCAACACAGCGUUGAUGUCACCAACGCUUGAGUUAACCAAUAUUACUUUUCAUAUUCAACACAUGUUAAUGAGUCUCCUACAUUUCAACCAGAUAGUGUCACGUUAUCUAGCAAGACAAGAGUGGAGUUUGAUCCUUGAGCCGGCUGACGCUCACCCUUUAGGAGGGCACGACAAGCCUACGGUUAAAGGUGGACAUUGUUUGUGUGGGGGGCAGUCGUGCGCACCAUGCUCUGGUCAUAUGAUACUCUUGAAUCGGUCUGAGGUGAGUACCCUCAGAUGGACACCGUGACAAACUCUAGGAUUUAUAUGAGGAUCACCAGGACAAACAAGAACAUAACCAGGACACACUGGCGCUGAAAUCCAGAGUGCUUGCGAUGGAGGAGACGUUUCGGACCAGCAUGGCACCCCCAUUGCCUGGAGGCCAAGCCACACUGGAGACGGUAGACAUAGUGGUACUGGUGCUCUACUUUGUGUUGGUGAUGGCCGUAGGACUUUGGUCCAUGUGGAGGACCAAACGCAGUACAGUGGAUGGGUACUUCCUCGCAGGGAAGAACAUGACAUGGUGGCCUGUCGGUGCGUCUCUGUUCGCUAGCAACGUCGGCAGUGGCCACUUCAUAGGGAUAGCUGGCUCUGGGGCCGCGGCUGGCAUUGCUGCCAUCGCGUACGAGUGGAGCGGCAUGCUGAUGGUGUUGCUGCUGGGAUGGCUCUUUCUGCCCAUAUAUAUCUCAUCCGGGGUUACAACCAUGCCAGAAUAUCUGCAGAAGAGAUUCGGUGGCAAGAGAAUACAGUUAUUCAUAUCCAUCUUAUAUUUAUUCAUUUAUAUCUUCACUAAGAUAUCAGUGGACAUGUAUGCCGGGGCAGUGUUCAUCCAGAGGGCACUGCAGUGGAACCUCUACUUAGCUGUGGGGGUGCUGCUGUGCAUCACUGCUGUCUACACUAUAGCAGGUGGUCUGGCUGCUGUUAUCUACACGGAUGCUGUACAGACAUGCAUAAUGCUGGCCGGGGCUUUGACCCUCAUGGUUUUCAGUUUUGCCGAGGUGGGUGGAUGGGAAGCGCUCCUGCAGGGCUACCACAAUGCCAUCCCCUCGGUCAGGGUCGCCAACUCUACCUGUGGUCUCCCCCGCGACGAUGCCUUCCACCUCUUCAGGGACCCGUUGACCUCUGACCUGCCCUGGCCGGGCAUCUUCAUCGGCAUGUCCAUCCCGUCUAUGUGGUACUGGUGCUCGGAUCAGGUGAUUGUUCAGCGCUCCUUGGCUGCUAAGACCCUGAGCCACGCUAAGGGAGGUUCCCUGCUGGCGGCCUACCUGAAGAUCCUCCCCUUCUUCAUCAUGCUGCUGCCUGGCAUGAUCAGCAGGAUCCUGUAUCCUGAUGAGGUUGCGUGUGGAGACCCUGAGGUGUGCACCAAGGUGUGUGGGAACCCAGUGGGAUGCUCAGACAUAGCAUACCCCAAGCUGGUCAUGGACCUCCUGCCCUCAGGCCUGCGGGGGCUGAUGAUGGCUGUGAUGAUCGCGGCGCUCAUGUCCUCGUUGACGUCCAUCUUCAACAGCUCCAGCACCAUUUUCACCAUGGACCUGUGGCGCUACUCGCGGCCGCGGGCCUCUGAGUGGGAGCUCAUGAUCGUGGGCAGGGUGUUUGUGCUGGUGCUGGUGGUGCUGUCGGUGCUCUGGAUCCCGGUGGUGCAGGCCAGCCAGGGAGGGCAGCUCUUCAUCUACAUCCAGUCCAUCAGCACCUACCUGCAGCCCCCCGUCGCCAUCGUCUUCAUCCUGGGCUGCUUCUGGAAGAGGACCAAUGAGAAGGGGGCUUUCUGGGGCCUAGCGGUGGGCCUGCUGGUGGGCUGUGUGCGCAUGGUGCUGGACUUUGUGUACCCCAGCCCUCUGUGCUCCCAGGAGGACAGCCGGCCGGCGGUGGUGAAGGACGUCCACUACCUCUACUUCUCCACCAUGCUCUCCUUCCUCACCCUGGUGCUGGUGGUCUCCAUCAGCUUAGCCACGGAGAAGCCCCGCCCAGAACAGGUGAGCCGUCUCACCUGGUUCACCAGAUACGACCAGGUGAAAACGCGCCCGGGAGAGCAGGUAUUCACGGUGGAGGCGGGUAUGGAGACACGGGAGGAGAUGGAGGUCGACCCCAGGGAGGAGCAUCCCGUAGAGACGAACCCUCCGCAGGGCAACGGAGUGACACAUGAGAGGAAAGACUCUGCGUCCUCCUCUGUGACCAGCGUCCCGAGUCAGUCGCGGCUGUCGUCCGCCCUCUACUGGCUGUGUGGCAUGGAGAGGAGGACGCCGGGGGAGACUGCCCCGCCCGCUCCAGUUCCUCCUCUGUCCCAGGACCCCGCCCGCCUCCUGCAGGAGGAGCCGUGCAUGCGGCAUGCCGUCAACUUCAACCUCAUCGUGUGCAUGUCGGUGACCGUCUUCUUCAUUGGCUACUGGGCCUGAACAGAAGACGCUGAACAACCAAUCAUCAGACCGGUCCAAUUUUUUGAUGGACACUGGGGUUCAUCAUCAAUUAGUGUAUGAGAGUGGUUGGCUUUCUCUGCUCCCCCCUUGUUUGAUUUAUUAAUAAAGGGGGUGGCCAUUCAUUAAUUUCAGUCAUUAUUUAUUAACAGGGUUUUGUAUGUAAACUGACGGGCUGACUCAUUUUUGGGAGUCACUGUGUCUGUAAAUGUGUCCAAUUCUAUUGAGAUCUGUUUCCUGUGAAUAACUUGUCUUUCGCCUUAAAGUCGCAAUGUGUAACAUUUCAACUAGCUCGUGGAAAAAAAUAACCUGGACAUAUCUGAAAUCAAUGUUGAACAGUGAUUUCAAUAUAAAUGUCAUCCUACAACUGGUAUAUAAAAAAUAUAUAUAUAUGCUGCUAAGCCCGAACCUCACCUUUUUUAUUAUCCAUACUAUAGACACUCCCCAAACCCCUCCCACUCCCGCCACACAGUUGCACAACCAGGUAG